UAUGAGUUAUGCUACUGACCAUCUAGCUUGGCAGCAAAGAGUUUUCCAUGAAGAUAAAGCUACCGAUGCUUUCAACAAAAGCAAAUAAACUGGUGAAUCCAACUGAAAGUUUUUAUAAAGAAUGGACAAAGAAAAACUUUGUUACCACUAAUGAGAGACUACAUCCAUCCAUUAAGAGAAUAUGUAGCAAGAAGUUCUUUAGAAAUAGGAAUCUGAUGUCCAAUAAGCAUGAAAAAGAUAUUGAUCAGAACAGUUUAAGUUUCACUUUAAAGCCGCCAUCAAAUCCGAAACCACCUCCUUUCUUCGACCAGGUGUACUUAGGAAGAACAAGGCUGACUAGGAUCAUCUCUGAAAGAUCAAGUUCUGUUGGAGGUGGCAAUCCUUACUCGGGAAAGCCCAAUGAUGACGCUUUAAGCUAUAUGGAAUAUAAAAAUAAUAUUCAGAUGAACAAAUCCUUUAGUGGCAUCAGUAACAGGACAGUUUAUAGCAGAGAGUCUGUAAAAGAGAAGAAUCAACAGAAAAGUCUAUAUGCUGAGCCCAGUGACAAGUUAAUUAAGAACACAACUUCAAAUUUAACUAAGAAGAACUUAAAGAAAUUAUCCAAAGGAAGGAACUUAGUAAAGAUUUGAAGUUCACAAAGCCAAGCCCGUUCGAAACAAAGGAGGCUUGAUAAGCUCAGGCUAAAGUACGCACAUAUGCUGAAGCAGGAUAAAGCUUUAGCUCAGAAUACCAUUAAAAUCGUAGAUAAUAAUCCUACUGAAAAAGAAAUCACCAAAGAAGAGGUUGGAUCAAACCCAUCAUGAACAAAAGAAGAAGGAGGGAAAGAAGAACACGAGAACAGAAAUGAAGAUAAUGAUGAAGAUGAUAAAUCAGAAGGAUCUGAGAAAAAUGAGCAAAUAGAAGAAGAUCAAGCAUCAGAAAAUCUUUCAAAAGCUACAAAAGAGAGCAAACUUGACCUGAUCCUUCAUCAGUUACGAGAAGAAAGGCAGAAACGGAAGGAGCUAGAGAGUGUAGUGCAAGAACUCCUGUCUCGUAGUGGCAUAAGUAGAGAGCAGCUCAACCUUGAUCAUUAGAUCACCAUUUAGACUCAUAGAUUAAG